AUGUCUGGAAUGGCCAUGCAAGAUGUGUUGCUGAAGGACCUUAUGGAGCUUCAGCUUGGGCAGAUCGACCUCCUCAUGGCUAUGUAUGCCUCCGAUAACGCAAUAUCCAUGGACUCAGCAUCGGCAGACACAAUAGAGAAGUUGAGAAGCUGGUGCGAAAACGGAGAUGAAGUGUCACCAAAGAUUCAUCAAACGAGCAUUGACCUCGUCCUCAGACUCGAUGACUUUGGAGACGAUGAUUCCUCGGCUCAUUUAUUACAGCUUACGCUGAGUGUGCCGUUGACAUGUCCAAGAGGAGAUCCAUUGAUAGACCCACCGUCAAUCAGGACCAGGAUACAACAGCCCGACUGGAUGAGCAAAGGAGACAUUGCGAAGCUGAAUUCAGAACUUCCAGACGAGGAUAUCCUUUCUGUCAUUGAACACAUCAAAGAAGCCGCCACUCAACACCUGGCAGGGCUGAAACAGGAUGAAGUAGCCAAUGCUCCGAUCCAGGAUACCACAAUAGUACGCGUGUGGUUCUACUUCCCCUCCAUCAGUACAAGAGCCAAACGAGAUGAUCUCGUCAACUAUGCCCCAACAUAUGGGCUCACUGGAUUCUUGCUAGCUGGAAAACCUGGAGUGCUGUGCCUAGAGGGAGGAUCAGUGGCAGUUGAUGACUUUAUGAAGUUCAUCAAGACAGAAAGCUGGGGUGAUAUCCCUGCCCACCACAAAAAGGUCAGUGAAAGAUAUCGGGAAGAAGCAACAGAUUUGAAGCGUGCCUUUGCGGACAUGCAAGAGAUCACCGACAUGAUUGAGAAGAGAGGAGCUAGGGGUAACCGUGGUGACAUGAAGGCUUUGGAAGCUUGGCUAGUGGAAUGCGGUCUUGGGGAAGCUUUUAGCAAAAUUCUGAUGUAG